AGCCGAGGCAGCAGUGUCACGUAACAGACAGCUUCCCACGCCAACCAGGCUGGCGCAGCCACGCACGCUGCGCGGCAUCUGGGCACGCCGAAGCAUUGGCUGCUCUCUGGGGAGUGGAAGGGGCUCUGUUAUUAAUGACCGCCGAGCAGGCAGCACCAUGUCAGUGUGACAGCCGAGCGGGUGACUGAUGCACCACUAACCACCAUGGAAACAAGGAGAAAUAGGAACGGCUAGCGAGCAUCUCUUGCUCUCUCCCCCCUCCCCGCCCUCCACUGGAUUGCGAGCCUCAGCCAGCCAGGCAGCAACAGCGCUCUGGCAAAUGUAAGUGAUCUCAGCUGGCAGCACAGAGAGUCUCGCAUGUUGUAGGAUAUCAAUAGAUACAUCUUUGUAUGAUAUACCAUUAGGCGCACACACGCACACCGACUCACAGACAUACGUGUAUGCACAUCUAUUCAGACUCUGGGUUUAAUACAAGUAUGUGGUUACCUGAAGUACAGAAUCAAAAUUACUGAGAUGCAAGAACUCCAGCUCUGAAACUACUCUUAUACGGUCAUCCUGUCACUCCUGCAAACACUAAUCAAUCAUGGGAUUUGAAGUUAAUACUACUAAAUAAAUGAAUUGCUUAAUCUCCUAUGACCAUCUAUACAUACUUCAUCUUCACAAAGCUUAUCAAUUUUAUGUCAUCAAGGACAGAGUGACCUUCAUUUCCACAAAAUGCCUCUUACUACCGGACAAGUUGGUUACAAAUUUAUCACUCAUCCUCACGAAGAAAGUCCUUCACGAUCAUCAUUUGACAAAUGCAAGUGUGUGUUUUAUCAAUUGACCAGGUCAUACUAAUUUCCAAAACUGUAAUUGUGGAAUACUAGAGGGCCUGUUACUUUUCUGAAAUUUUGAGCUAAGAUGAAGGACAUGCAACUCAAAAUUAAUUUUCUACUUGGCAUAUUUAUCACUGCACUAGUACAAGCUGUAGAAAAAAAAGCAGACUGCCCAGAGUCAUGUAUAUGUGAGAUCAGACCAUGGUUCACCCCCAGGUCUGUGUAUAUGGAGGCUCCAACAGUGGACUGUAAUGAUUUAGGCCUUUUUCAUUUUCCAGCCAGACUGCCUGCUGACACCCAAGUUCUACUUCUACAGACAAAUAAUAUUGCAAAAAUUGAACAUUCAGUAGACUUCCCAGUGAAUUUAACUGGUCUAGAUUUAUCUCAGAACAAUUUAUCCUCAGUGACUGGCAUUAAUCUUAGAAAGAUACCACAGCUGCUUUCAGUGUACCUUGAAGAAAACAAACUCACUGAACUCCCUGAAGAAUGUCUCUCUGGACUCCACAAUUUACAAGAGCUUUAUAUUAAUCAUAAUCUGCUUUCUGUGAUUGCACCGGGAGCUUUCAUAGGCCUCAAUAAUCUUCUCAGACUUCAUCUCAAUUCGAAUGGUCUUCAAAUGAUCAACAAGAAGUGGUUUGAAGCUACUCCUAAUCUUGAAAUUCUCAUGAUUGGAGAAAACCCAAUAAUCAGAAUAGAAGACAUGAACUUUAAGCCCCUUAUCAAUCUGCGCAGCCUAGUUUUAGCAGGAAUAAAUCUCACUGAAAUACCAGAUAAUGCUUUGGUUGGCCUUGACAAUUUAGAAAGCAUCUCCUUUUACGACAACAGAUUUGUUAGAGUGCCCCACAUUGCUCUUCAAAAGGCUACAAAUCUUAAAUUUCUGGAUCUAAACAAGAAUCCCAUUAACAGAAUACGACGAGGAGAUUUUAGCAAUAUGCUGCACCUAAAAGAGUUAGGAAUUAAUAACAUGCCUGAACUGAUCUCUAUAGAUAGUCUUGCUGUUGAUAAUUUGCCAGAUUUAAGAAAAAUAGAAGCUACCAAUAACCCCAGAUUAUCAUACAUUCAUCCAAACGCAUUCUACAGACUUCCCAAGCUGGAAUCCCUCAUGCUAAACAGCAACGCGCUCAGUGCCCUGUACCACAGCACAAUAGAAUCCUUGCCUAACCUCAAAGAAGUCAGUAUACACAGCAAUCCCAUUAGAUGUGAUUGUGUAAUCCGUUGGAUUAACAUGAAUAAAACAAACAUCCGCUUCAUGGAGCCAGAGUCACUAUUUUGUGUAGACCCUCCCGAAUUCCAAGGCCAGAAUGUGAGAGAAAUACAUUUCCGGGAAAUGAUGGAAAUCUGUCUCCCCCUGAUAGCUCCUGAAAGUUUUCCAUCUACUCUGGAUUUAAAAACUGGCAGCCAUAUUUCCUUGCACUGCAGAGCAACAGCAGAACCAGAACCUGAAAUCUACUGGAUAACACCAUCAGGACACAAACUUUUGCCUAACACUGUUUCGAAUAAAUACUACAUUCAUUCUGAAGGAACAUUAGACAUAAGUGAUGUAACAGAAAAUGAAAGCGGCUUAUAUACAUGUAUAGCAACAAAUUUAGUUGGGGCAGACCUAAAGUCAGUCAUGAUCAAAGUGGAUGGCUCAUUCCCUCAGGACAGCAAUGGAUCUUUGAAUAUCAAAAUAAAGGAUAUAAAAUCUAAUUCUGUUUUGCUUUCAUGGAAAGCAAGUUCUAAAAUUCUGAAGUCCAGUGUUAGAUGGACAGCCUUUCUGAAAGCUGAAAACUCUCAGGCUGCACAGAGCGCUCGAAUACCAUCUGAUAUAAAGGUAUAUAAUCUUACACAUCUAAAUCCAUCAACUGAAUAUAAAAUUUGUAUAGAUAUUCCCACUAUCCAUUCACAGAAUAAGAAACAAUGUGUCAAUGUAACCACAAAAGGACUGGACUUGGCAGUGAAAGGCUAUGGAAAGAACAAUAUAAUAGGUUUCAUUGCUUGCCUUGGUGCUCUUUUGGGAAUCAUCUCUGUGAUAUAUCUCUACAGCUGCAUCUCACAAGAGAUGAACUAUGACACUGGACACAGCUAUCUAAAGAAUUACCUGAAGAAACAAUCCUUUUCACUCAAUGAGCUUUAUCCUCCUCUAAUCAGUCUUUGGGAUAUGGGCAAAGGAAAAAGCACAGCAAUGGAAGUAAAAGCAACUGUAAUAGGUGUACCAACCAAUAUGUCAUAAAUACAUCAGUAUAUCACUUAACUUCUGAAAUAAAAAGCACAUGACUGCAUUUGUGCUGAACAAAAAGGCAACAGGAAAAAAUAUUUCUUUUAGGAAUUGGAUGCCUGGACUUCGCUGCUGCUGACAAAUGGGAAUAUGUACUGACUCAGCAAAAGAGAAGAAUUUUAACUGGCUUCUAAGGGUACUUACCAACCAAAUACAAUUAAAUUCAUUUUCUAGAACUUUCACAGGACUUUUAAGUCUGGAAUACAGUGCAAGUAGCCAAGAACGUUUUCUGUAUUUUUUUUUUUUAAUUAUUACAUAAAAGUAGUGGAACUGAGCAAUACCUCCUCCUGUGCUGUAUUACACACACUAGCCACGAGUUUUUGCAGUGAACAGAUAUACUAGGAUUGACACAUGGUGUAAUGAAAUGGGCAAAUUCUGUAGAGUAGACACAGUGAGUAUGUGAAUUUUUUUUAUGAGGAAAAUACAUUUUUGAUUAAAAUCAAAACA